ACAUUUCACAAAUCCAUUGCCUUUCUCCGCUUUCUUCAUAACUUCUUGACAUUUUCAUUUCUCCCCUCUGCAAUCACUUUCUUCCCUUUUCCUCAUCUCUCAAUUAACUCCAUCAUCUCGAUCUCAAAGAUCGAAGAUGGGUAUCCAUGGAUGUACCUCACGGAUCUUCUUUCUCUUCAUCAUCUUUCUAUUCCUCUUGUCACUAGCUCAUUCCUUUUACCUUCCCGGCGUUGCACCCCGUGAUUUCCAGAAGGGAGACCCUCUUCAAGUUAAGGUCAAUAAGCUUUCAUCUACAAAGACCCAACUUCCUUAUGACUACUAUUUCUUGAAUUAUUGCAAGCCAAAGAAAAUCGUCAAUAGUGCAGAGAACUUGGGUGAAGUUCUUCGUGGUGAUCGCAUCGAGAAUUCUGUCUACACUUUUAAGAUGAGAGAGGAGCUGACAUGUCAGGUGGGUUGCCGUGUAAAACUCACUGCCGAGGAUGCAAAGAAUUUCAAGGAGAUGAUUGAUGAUGAGUAUCGAGUUAAUAUGAUUCUGGACAACCUGCCAGUUGCUGUAAUCAGGCAAAGGAGAGAUGCACAAGCUAAGGUCUAUGAGCAUGGGUUCCGUGUAGGAUUCAAAGCAAAGUACUCUGGGACAAAAGAUGAGAAGUAUUUUAUUCAUAAUCAUCUAAUUUUCAAAGUGAUGUACCACAAGGAUCUUGAAACUGAUGUUGCUCGUAUAGUUGGUUUUGAGGUUACUCCACAUAGUGUUGCUCAUGAGUACAAGGAGUGGAAGGAUGAAGAUACCCAACUAGUUACAUGCUCGAAAAAUAUUAUUCAAAGUGGCACCCCUCCACAAGAGGUUGAUGCUGACAAAGAGGUCGUGUUCACCUAUGAUGUUACUUUUGAGGAGAGUGAUAUUAAAUGGGCAUCUAGAUGGGAUACAUAUCUUUUGAUGAAUGAUGAUCAAAUCCAUUGGUUUUCCAUCAUCAACUCUUUGAUGAUUGUUCUUUUCCUUUCUGGAAUGGUUGCCAUGAUCAUGAUGCGGACACUUUACAGAGAUAUAGCCAACUACAAUCAGUUGGAGACCCAAGAUGAGGCACAAGAAGAAACUGGCUGGAAAUUGGUUCAUGGAGAUGUUUUUAGGCCUCCACUAAACUCUAGCCUGUUGUGUGUCUAUGUAGGAACUGGGGUUCAAAUAUUUGGAAUGACUUUGGUUACCAUGAUGUUUGCAUUGCUCGGUUUCCUCUCGCCUUCAAAUCGUGGUGGCUUGAUGACUGCUAUGGUUCUGUUGUGGGUCUUCAUGGGUUUGUUUGGUGGUUAUUCAUCAGCUCGGUUGUACAAGAUGUUCAAAGGCACGGAGUGGAAGAAGAACACAUUGAAAACUGCUUUCAUGUUCCCAGGAAUACUCUUUAGCAUUUUCUUUGUGUUAAAUACCUUGAUCUGGGGAGAGAAAUCAUCUGGUGCUGUUCCGUUUGGAACUAUGGUUGCACUGAUGAUGCUAUGGUUCGGGAUAUCAGUUCCGUUGGUUUUUGUUGGCAGUUACUUGGGAUUCAAAAAGCCUCCAAUGGAGGACCCUGUCAAAACAAACAAAAUACCCAGACAAAUUCCAGAGCAAGCUUGGUACAUGAAGCCGAUUUUCUCUAUUCUAAUCGGAGGAAUUCUUCCCUUUGGCGCCGUUUUUAUUGAACUCUUCUUUAUACUGACAUCCAUAUGGCUAAACCAGUUCUACUACAUAUUUGGCUUCCUUUUCAUCGUCUUUGUCAUUUUAGUCAUUACCUGUGCUGAAAUAACCAUAGUGCUCUGCUACUUCCAGUUGUGCAGUGAAGAUUAUCAUUGGUGGUGGAGGUCAUACUUGACAGCAGGCUCCUCUGCCCUUUACCUGUUCUUGUACUCCAUUUUCUAUUUCUUCACCAAGCUUGAAAUCACAAAGUUGGUUUCCGGGAUCCUUUACUUUGGAUAUAUGUUAAUCGGUUCAUAUGCGUUCUUUGUAUUGACGGGCACAAUCGGUUUCUAUGCCUGCUUCUGGUUUGUGAGAAAAAUCUACUCAUCUGUGAAGAUCGACUAAAUAUUGCAAUAAGGCGAGAAUCUGAGGGUUUCACCGAACUGUGAGAUUCUACUCCAAACAUCAGAAGAGCAAUGUAGGAAGAUUUUGUGCCGUAGAUUUGUAUGUUAUUCUGGAACUUCAGCCCAUGCUGAAGCAGAUAUCAUUUUACAGUUGCUAAUGUAGAAUCUAUGUAGUAUGUACUUAUUUGUUUUCAGAAUAUUACUUGUGAUUGCAUAACAUUUUAAUAUAUCAUACACUGCAAUGUUCUUUCAAUAUCA